AUGGUUGAUGCGGUGUCGUUGUAUGCAAAGAACAGUGCAGUGGAUGCAUUCGGAAAUUGUGCACUACUGAAUACAGAAGGAGGCGAUACUGCAACGAAUCAAAUAACGAGUUCGCCAGUGCAACGUGAUGGUAAUGGAACCGAUGAAGAGGAUACAUGUACGAAAAACGCGUCGAAUCCAUCUGAAGAUGAUAGCGAUGAGAGGAUUGAUAAUAAAGAUGAGAGUGGCAUGAAAAGGAAACGUGUGGAUAAGCGCAAAGACGAGCAUUCAUCACGCAAGUUGUCAGAUGAGGUUGCGACUUCGAGUGAUACGAAUGCAAAACGAAACGAU